AUGAGCAACGAUCCCUAUUUCAAGCCCAUCGGUGACCAGGUGAAUGCGGCUGCUGGCCAGGAGGAUGAGCCGAAGCCCUUCGAGGAGGUCGAGUCGCUCUGCAUGGAAUGCGGCAAGCAAGGUGUGACUCGGCUGAUGCCCACCUAUAUUCCUUACUUCCGUGAAGUGAUUGUUAUGAGCUUUAUGUGCCCACACUGCGGUAACAGAAAUAGCGAGGUCCAGAGUGCGGGUGAGAUCCAGCCCAAGGGCUGCAUCUACUCCAUUCAUGUCACUAACAAGAAGGACCUGAACCGGCAGCUGAUCAAGUCAGAAUUCUGCACACUCAGUGUACCCGAGUUGCAGCUGCAGAUUCCGGCGAAACGGGGACAGAUCACGACCAUCGAGGGUGUCCUUACAGAUACUCUCCGCGAUCUUGAAAUGGACCAGCCUGUUCGCAAGCAUAUGCAGCCAGAGGUGUAUGAGAAGAUCGAGGCGCUAUGUGAUCGUCUGCGCGAGGUACUUGGUGAACGCGCCGUGGAAGCUGGUGCAACCUCUAAUGAAGAGGUGUCGCAAGGUGAGAUGCGCAGCCUUGGCCCUGUCGGUGGCCCCUCUGAAUCGGUCGACGACGCCGAGGCGCGCAAAUUUACCCCCUUUAAGGUCGUGCUGGACGACCCAUCAGGCAACAGCUUUGUCGAGUACACCGGCUCGAUUGAGAGCAGUGGCGCAGCCGAUGUGAAAUGGAGCAAGCGGGACUACCCCCGGACGAAGGAGCAGAAUAUCGCCCUGGGUUUGGUCGCCGAUCCGACCGUGACAAACGAAGUACAGGCUGAAACGACCGGGUUCAGCAAGGAGGAGGGAGAGACGGAGUAUGACAAUGAGGAAAUCUACUCGUUCCACGGCACCUGUUCGAGCUGCAAUGCCCCGGUGGCGACAAACAUGAAGAAGGUGAACAUCCCCUACUUUAAAGAUAUUCUUAUCAUGUCGACUAACUGUGCGAACUGCGGAUACCGUGACAACGAGAUCAAAUCGGGCUCGGCAAUCAGUGACAAGGGCCGCAAGCUGACGCUGCGCGUAUUGGACAGCGAGGACCUGUCGCGUGAUAUCCUAAAGUCGGAAAGUGCCGGCCUGAGCAUCCCCGAGAUCGAUCUUAACCUUGCGCCAGGUACCUUGGGUGGCCGUUUCACCACGCUUGAGGGUCUCUUGCAGAACGUCUACGACGAGCUGUAUGAAAAGGUGCUAAUGCGUGGCGACUCGGCCAACAAAAAUGAUGCAGAGAACUUCGAAGGUUUCCUCGGUAAACUCAAACGUGCAAUCAGUGCAGAGGCGUGCCCUUACACGGUCAUCCUAGACGAUCCGCUCUCGGAGAGUUACAUUCAGAACCCCUAUGCGCCGGACCCCGACGAGCAGCUUACCGUCGAAGUGUAUGACCGCACAUGGGAACAGAACGAAAUGCUGGGUCUCAACGAUAUGAAGACGGAGAACUAUGAAGCCAUGGAGCAGGACCCGCCCAAGUAA